AUGGAUAUGCCUUCGUCUUACCGGAACGGGGGCGAGUCUUCCAGACUCGAUCAUAUUGGCCAACAAUCUUCUUAUACCACCCCUCCAUCAUUUGGUCUCACCUCACACCCACAACGCAUCUUAAAGCAUGCUAAACAUCAACAAGCAAAUGCAGAAUAUGCAGGAUACGCAGAAUCUCCGGAAUAUGCAGACCUCGUCACAAAGUUGCAAAUCCGCAUUGCUGUUCUCGAGAACGAUCUCGCCCAUGCUACAAAGGAUAAAGAUGAAGCUAUCAAGAGUUCCGUCAUCAUUGCUAGGGCAUUGGGUAAUGCUGCAAAUAAUUCAGAGUCAAUUACGAGAAAGCUACAAAAUCCUGAUGCCGAAGAGUUGGAGGAGUUGAGAGUUGUAGUGCCAAUAUUGAGAAGAGAAAAUGCUGUUCUUUGGGAACGCAUCGAGUCUCGACAGACUGAUCACAUGGGAAUCAAUGCUAGUCUCACAGAUGCUGGAUUUAAAGACAAGAACGUCGAUACGUUUCCCAUGGAUGAAACCAACCACCAUAUCCCAUUCAGGCCACGCACAAAACAUCCCAUCAUUGAUGCGGCCAUAAGGAGAAUCAGCACUCAGGAAGAAUCCAGGUUCUCUCAUCAUCCUGUCAGCUUCAGCGAAGCAAGCCAUCUUCCCAACACGGUCAAUCUUCAGCGAGGUGAAGACGGUAGUUUAUCGGUUCCAACCAGCUUUCCCAUUCUCCCCAGUACGCAAAAGAGAAAAACCAUUCACGACUACAACACCUCCACACUCGAUGACGUUCUUGCCUCUGAUAAUGACGAUGAGGAACCGGUAAUCAAAAUCGAAGAUCAAAUUCUCUUUCAACAAAAGGCACAUGCAAAUUUCAUCAAUGUUCCUGCUCCUGCUGUCCUCAAAGCCGGUUUUGACUUAUCUCCAGAAAAGGCUGUGAGGGGUCACGAUUAUGCCAAUCAAAGUCAAGCUAAUCGAAAUGUCUACUAUGAUAGGUUCAAUACACGCAAUUCGAAUGCAUCAACUCGUUCCCGAUCCGGAGAACUCGCCGAUUUGAGGCCAGGAACCACUAUCUGGACAACACCUCAACAGAGAGACGGUGAGAUCACGACCCACAUGGGCGAUUGCGAUCCAAAAAAUCGUAACAUUCCGGACUAUUUUAGAUACGGAAUUCUUUAUGUGCCUGGACCAGGAGAGUGUGAUUUUCUGAGAGGUGUCCAUAUUGGUGGUAUUCCAGAGGAUAUGGGCCUGAGAGAUGUUCUUACGAGGGUUAGAGGUGGUAGGAUCUACUCGGCGGUUUUAUUGGACACAAUGAAGUUGACGGGUAGUAAGUCCGCGUUGAUUACGUUCAUCAAUCAGGAGGAUGCCAAGGCUUAUGUUGAGUAUGCGAGUGCUCAUCCCAUUACGCUUGGGGCAACAGAUUUGGGUGGUGAGAAUGUAGCCCAGGCGAUUGUCACACAGAUUCAUACUCCCACAUACCCUUUCUCUCCAGGAAAAUUUAGGACGAUCUUUGAGCUAAAUCGUACUCGUAUUCUUACGGUCCCCAAUUUUCCUCCAACACUUUCCCUCCGGAAUCUCGUGUAUGAUUUGAAAAGUAGAAAUGAGUUUAGGGCUAACAGCUUGCUCGAAUGGUACAUCGAUGAAGAAGGAACUCUCAGAAUGGAGUUUUCUAGUAUGGAUGAAGCUGGGAGUGCUUUUAGUCUUUUAACCAGGUCGGGUGGCUACAGAGAUUUUGGAUUGAUCUUGCAAUUUGAGAGGGAUAAUUGUGAAGGAAACUUGCAGGAAUUGGAGAGAGAACCUGAAAAGAGAAGACCCAUGUUUCCUCCAACAGGAUUGGGAGUUGAAACCAAUAGACGUGGAAGUCGAGCUGAGGGAAUGGCCGAUGAUUCGAAAGUGGAUGCAGUUGUUGAUUCGGUUUUAGUGGUGCAAAGAAAGAGAUUAGCGGCGUUACAAAGGCAACAUGAUGUUAUUCCCAGUCUGAGGGGCUCAGCUUUGAAGACAGGUUCAUGGGCCGAUGAGGUCGAGGAGGAAUUGGAAGAGACGACAUCGAUUCAAGAUUUUGGUUGUCAAGAUGGAGAUACCGGUACUAUCAGACAUCGACCACAUCGAGCACAUUCCAGUACCGAAUCCACAUCAACCCUCGUCGGAGCAUCUUCUGAUGCCCCGCAAAAAGAUGAAGACUCCUCUUUCGUUACACCAAAACGUGCACCUCGCAUUAUUACCGGAAAGCAAUGGCUCCUUGAAGUUGCUGCCGCUGAAUCUUCUUCUCAGAAUCCAUCUACAUCAUCAGCUACAUCAAAUUCUGAUGUGCCAGCUCCCAUGCCAGACACACCUACCUCCAAUAAUGCAACACCUAGACCCCGUCUUAUCGUCUCAACCACGUCUCUUCCUCAAACGAUAGCCACCAAAUCCUCCUCCCCAAGCUCCGCAGAAUACAGUAUUCAUUCAUUCGCUUCCUCCGCCAUUUCCGCCGCCGACAACGACACUACGUCCCUCCCAUUUUCUCACUCCAGAAAACAAAUACAAGCUCCCUCUACACACAAGGCUAAGUCAUCAGUCCAGUUCCUCGGUCCACUCAUCUCCGCCUUCCAACCUGCCCAUCCCGGAGAAUCUCUCCCCAGUCUUCCGAUCGAUUCAACUGCAUCAAGAUUAGCCCCGCCAAACGCAAAUACUCAAACCCUCGAAACCUUUAGAUCUACAAUCGAAAAUGCAGAUACGAAGGUUUAUUUCGACCUCGACCCGGAAGCUGAUACCAAGAAGGCAAUUUUGGAGAGUGAAGUCGAGAGUGAUCAUGAAGCACGUGGAAUUGUGGAUAAAGGAGGGGUUUUGAGUGUGGACAAAGGAAAGGGAGAGGGUAAGGAGAAUUCAGUGAAGAUUAAUCCGGAUGAAAUUGAUCUUGAUGGCGAAUCUGACGGAGAGGAAGAUGAGAAUGAAGGACUUUUUCAAAAGCAACUAGUUCUUGAUGCUAGACCUCAGGAUUAA